UGCCCGGCGAGGAGCCAGGUUGCUCCAGCACCCCGUACCGUGUGGCGCCGGUUAAGUGUUCGGGGCUUAGUGGAGAUCGUGCGCGCUAGCGCCUCUCCAUGCCGUCCCGAGGUCCACCACCUCCACCCGACCCGGGUCUCCCCAGGGUAGGGGUGACUUUGUGCACGGGGUACGUAGCUAGAAUUCUCUUAGGAAGUUUCUAUACAUUAAGAUUGUUGCAUGAAUUGAAAGCCUUGGAAAUGGGAGAGGGCAGCAGUCCUUCCUUGCCUGCCCUCCCUCCCUCCGUCCCCUGCGAGGCAUCCCUCUGACCGUUCGGCCAGCAGCAGCCAGUGCUGGUGAGCAGGGGACUCAGAACCGGGCUUUUCUCUGCCUCCCCUCCGGACAGACCCGCCCCCACCCUACUCUCCUUCCCUCGGUCCAUACCCCACCGCCAAAGAGAGUCAGAUGAGAUGAAUAAAACCUAGGACAGGGUGGGCCACAUAUGUUAUGCGGUAAACAAACAAACAACCCCGGUGCAAGGAGUCCAUUCCGACCCCUGGCGCUUGUCUACUGACAGAAAGGUUGGUGGCUAGACCUCACCCAGCAGCGCUGUGCAAAAAAGGCCUGGAGAUCGCUUCCAUAAAGAUCACAGCCAAGAAAACCCUAUGGAGCUCAGUUCUAUUCUGUGACACUUGAGGUCACCACAUACAGGGUAGGCCUCUGAUAAGUAUUCCUCCAUGAAACAAGCAAUCAGUGCUGGCGUUGAGCACGUAGGUGUUUGCUAAACUGAACUACAGUGUUUCAUUUACUGAAUAUGAAAAUGACAUAAAGAAAUGCUCAUGAUAUUAGGUGAAAAAAACCUCAAGAUUCAGAAGGGUCUUAAUAGAGUAUUUACAGAAUGACUCCAUUUUUGUGUAUAUGUGUGUGUAGUUUAUGCCUCUUUAAAUACCUAGAAAAGGCUGGUGGGAAAUACUCCAAAAUGUGAACACUAAUGCCAUAUAGCACCUUGUAAGAGGGAUGGUGUAGUGGUUAAGGAUUUAGGCUCUGAAGCCAGACUGCCUGAGUUUGAAUCCCAGCUGCACCACUUAACAACUGUCUGACCUUACCCAAAUUACUUAACCUCUCUAUGCCGCAGUUUCCCCAUCUGACCACUUACAUGCCAGGCUCUGUCAUGUUGCUGUUAGCUGUUGUUGAGUUGGCUUUGACUCCUGGCUGCCUUAUGUGUAGCAGAAGGAAAUGUUGCCCAGUCCUGUGCCAUCUUCAUGAUCUUUGAUAUGCUUGAGCUCAUUGUUGUGGCUAUUGUGCCAAUCAUCUCAUGGAGGGUUUCCCCUGUUUUCACUGGCCCUCUACUUUACAAAAUGUGGUGUCCUUUUCUAGUGAUUGGUCUUUCCUGACGGCCUGUCUGAAGUAAGCAAGAUGAAGUUUCACCAUCCUUGCUCCUAAGGAGCAUCUGGUUUUAUUUCUUCUAAGACCGAUUUGUUUGUUCUUCUGGCCGUCUACAGUUUAUUUUUCACCAGCACUACAAUUUGAAUGCCUCAGUUCUUCUUCUGUCUUCCUUUUUUAUCGUUCAGCAUAUGAAGCAACUGAAAAUACCACAGCUUGGGUCAUGUGGACCUUAGUCAUCAAAGUAUCGUCUUUGCUUUUUAGAACUUUAACUCGUUAUUCCUCACAACAACUCUGUGAGGUAGUUACUGAUUGUUAUCAUCCUCUUGUUACUAGUGAAAAAAACUUUUUAUAGGUUAUCUCAUUUAAUCCUUACAAAUGCCUAAAGAGGUGUGAUUCCUGCCAUUGUUACAGAUGAAGAAUAUGAGGUUCUGAGAAGUAAAAACAGUGAACCAUGGUCAUCUUAUGUCAUCAUUAAGGUUGUGUGUCAACUUGGCUGGGUCAUGAUGCUCAGUGGUUUGGCAGUUACGAUGUACUUUAGCAGUCAUAUAAUGAUGUAAUCACCUCCAUGAUGAGAUCUAAUAUAAUUCUAAUAUAGUGUGAUCACCUCCAUGAUGGUAUCUGCUGUGAGUAGCCAAUCAGUUGAAAGGAAGUUUCCUUGGGUGUCUGGCCUGCAUCCAAUGUAGGUGGGCUUUCUGGCAAGGCUCACUGGCUUUUGCUUGUUCUGAAUCCUGCAGCUGGCUCCUGUUCAUCUGACCUCUGGUUCUUGGGACUUGAGCUAGCAGCUUUCCUGCUGAUCUUGGGAUGUGUCAGCCUCCUUGGUGUGGAUCUUGAGUUCAUCAGCCCCUACAGCUAUGUGAGUCAGAGAAGCCUCCAGCCAGACCUAUGGAUUUGGGGCUUUCUAGCCUCUGCAACCACACGAGCCAAUUCUUUGAUCUACAUCUCUCUCUCUCUCUCUUCCUCUCUCUCUAUAUAUAGCUGUACAGAUAAUUAAAACAGAGAGUGUGAUGGAGAUGAACUGAGGCCAUUCUGAAGAGUUGACAUGAAACUGAAAAAUUAACAACGGGAAGAAAUCACCUCUGAGAAGAAGAGGGGUAGGAGCUUUUCCGGUAGAGGAAACAGCUGGUGCAAAAUCAGCUGGAACAAGCUGGAUUGUGUUUAAGGAAACAAAAGAAGGCCAGCAUGGGAGAGAAUAAUAUGGGGUAAGGCUGAGAUGAGUUGAAAACCUAGACAAGGCCUAGAUCACACUGUGGCUUUAUAAGCAAGAGUAAUGAGUUUGAUUUGUAUUAGAAGUGCAAUGGAAUUUCUUCUCCUGCCUAGGACAGAACAGUUUGCAGCAGAACCACGUUUUUGUAGAGAACAACUUUAAGUCAGAUUAAAAAAAAAAAAAUCAGAUUGAAAGCAUCAGUGAGUUUCCAAGGCAGUCAGGACUGGAGUGGCCAAAGCCAAGGUCCUGGAGAAAAGGGAACCACAAUAUGUUUGCUGUUACCCCCUUAAAGCAUUUGUUGAUUCUUGGAGCAGACCUAAAGACUGAGAAAUGGGACAGAGAGCAAUGGUUAAGAAGCAGAAAAGCCAGCAGAGAUUUUGGCUAUCUCAUGAAGCUGGAGCAGCAACAGUUGGAGUUUGGAGUUGCCAAAGCAGCCAGGACUUGAAAAGCCAAAAUCCUGGACCACAACUACCACAAUCUCCACCAGACUGAGCCCAGAACAACUAGGUGGUGCCCCGUUACCACCACCAACUGCUCUCAAUCACAGUAGAGGGUCCUGGACAGAGCUGGGAGUGGGGGGUGAGGGUGGCAGGAAUGUAGAACAAAAUUCAAAUUCACAAAAAAAGGCAAAACAAAAACCCAGGCUUGUUGGUCUGGCAGAGACUAGAGAAACCCUGAGAGAAUGGCCCCUAAACAGACACCAUUUUAUCUCAGUACUGAAGUCACUCCUGAGGUUCGCCCUUCAGCCAAAGAUGAGGCAGGCAUAUAGGGCCAAGAAUAACACUUGUGAGGAACGUGCUUCAUAGUUGAAUCAUGUAUACAAGACUAAUGGGCACACCAGCCCAAAAGCAAAGGCGAGAAGGCAGAAAGGGACAGGAAAACUGGAUGAAUGGAAAUAGGGAAACUGGGGUGGAGAAGGGGAGAGUGUUGACACAUUGCAGGGUUGGCAACCAAUGUUACAAAACAAUUUAUUCACUGUUUAGUGAGAAACUAAUUUGCUGUGUAGACUUUCACCUGAAUCAUAAAAAAAAAAAAGAAAAGAAAAGUCAAAAUCCUGACUAAAAGGGAGGUACAGGGAAGUGAGCCAGCCAGUCUGUUGUAUUCCUCUCGAGGCUGUACAGGACAACAGGCUAAAGAGCAGUUUUCAGCAGUCUCACAGUGCUGAUAAGAUAAAAAUUGAAGUUCAGGAACCCCAAAGAGGGGGAACCAUGGAAAUACCCUAGGCUGUCAUUUGGGUGUUAGGAAAGGGGGCAAACCAAAAACAGACCAAGCCUUUCAAAAAAGUGCAGUCUAGCACUGAGUCAGCUCAGUUCCUGAAUAAAUUAAGGUGGUUUUUCCAUCCUAAGUGCCUAGCAGAAAAGUGCUGCUCAAACUUUAGCAGGCAAGAGUCACCUGGAGAGCUUGUUAAUACAGGUUUUGAAGCUGCAAUCUCAGAGAUUCUAAGUUACUAGGCCUGUGGUAGGGGCCCAAGAGUUUAUUAACAAGCUCCAAGGUGAUGCUGAUGCUGCUGGUCUAAAGACCCCACUUUGAACAGUAAGGACCGUGAUAAUAGGAUGGACCUUCUCUGGAAGAAGAUAAUAUCCAAAGCUUCCUAUUUUUUUAAUACAUAAUCUCUAAUACUCAGUAAAAAAUUACCAAGCGCAACAAGAAACAGGACCAAGAGAGAAAAAGGGAUAUUGAGAAGACCAACAGGUGACACGGGUAUGAAAAUAAUCAGAUAUGGACUUUAAAAUACUAUUAGUUAAGAAAAUAGAUAACAAGAUGGAGAUUUUCAUCAGAGAACUAAAACCUAUAAAAGAGGAUAUAGUGGAGGUUUUAAAACUGAAAAAUAGAAUAAUUGAAAUGAAGAAUUCAAAAGGUGGAUUUAACUGCAGCUAAGAUCUUGCAGAAGAGAGGGAGAUACAUCAGUAUCUCAUUAGUUAUCUCAUACAUCAGUAUACAUCAGGAAGAUACAUCAGUAGGAACUAUUAAGGAUGAAGCAAACAGGAGACAGAGGUUGAAGAAGCUCUAUGAACUCCAAACAAGAUAAAUGCAAAGAAACUCAUGCUUGGGUACAUCACGGUAAAACAGCUGAAAACUAAAGGCAAAGGUAAAAUUUUAAAAGCAGCCAGAAAAAAGGCAUAUUAACUUAAACAAUAAGGUGUGUCUUCUCAACAGAAAUUAUAGAAGCCGUGGUGGCACAGUGGUUAAGAGCUCGGCUGCUAACCAAAAGAUGGACAGCCGUUCCUCACCACUAUGCGUCAGAACCAACUCGAAGGCAACACAUUUUUUUGUUUGUUUGUUUUUUUAAGAUAAUGAAGUGACAUCUUUGAGCGGUAAAAGAAAAACUGCCGUCAAAAAAUUCUAUACAAAGGAGAAAAUCCUUCAAACGUGGAAAGGAAAUGAAGAACCCAUCCAGACAAACAAAAUCUGAUUUAAUUAUUUUCCUGCAAACUAGCACUGAAAGAAAUACUAAAUUUCUUUGGACAAAAAAAAAAAAUGAUCCCAGACAGAAAUAUGGAAUGUAGGAAGGGAUGAAGAGUGCUAUAUAAGAGUACUAUGGGGGUAAAUAAAAAUUACCACUGUGCAGAAAUAAAUGUAGAAUUAAAACUCAAUAACACAAAAGAUGGGAAAGAAUUAAAUGAAGAUAAAACAUUCUUUGUAUUGUUGUUAGGUACUGUCAAGUUGGUUCCGACUCCUAGCAACCCUAUAUACAACAGAAUGAAACACUGUCCAGUCUUGUGCCAUCCUCACAACUGUUGCUAUGUUUGCACCCAUUGUUGCAGCCACUGUGUCUGUCUGUCUCCUGAGGGUCUUCCUCUUUUUCGCUGACCCUCUACUUUACUAACCAUGAUGUCCUACCCCAGGGACUGGUCCCUCCUGAUAACAUCUCCAAAGUAUGUAAGAUGAAGUCUCACCAUCCUUGCCUCUAAUGAGCAUUCUGGCUGUACUUCUUCCAAGACAGAUUUUUUCUUCUGGCAGUCCAUGGUAUGUUCAAUAUUCUUCACCAACACCACAAUUCAAAGGCAUCAUUUCUUCUUUGGUCUUCUUUAUUCAGUGUCCAGCUUUUGCAUUCAUAUGAGGCAAUUGAAAACACCACGGCUUGGGUCAGGCGCACCUUAGUCCUCAAAGGGAUGUCUUUGCUUAUUACACUGUAAAGAGGUCUUUUGCAGCAGAUUUGCCCAAUGCAGUGCAUCGUUUGAUUUCUUGACUGGUGCUUCCAUGGGUGUUGAUUGUGGAUCCAAGUAAAAUGAAAUCCUUGACAACUUCAAUUGUUCUCUCUGUUUAUCAUAAUGUUGCUUAUUAGUCCAGUCGUGAGGAUUUUUGUUUUCUUUAUGUUGAGGUGUAAUCCAUACUGAAGGCUAUGUAUGGAUCAUCAAAAAAGUUCUUCAAGCCCUCUUCACUUUAAGCAAGCAAGGUUGUAUCAUCUGCAUAUUGGAGGUUAUUAAUGAGUCUUCCUCCAAUCCUGAUGCCCCAUCCUUCUUCAUAUAGCCCAGCUUCUCAGAUUAUUUGCUCAGCAUACAGAUUGAGCAAGUAUGGUGAAAGGAUACAACCUUGAUCCAUACCUGUCCUGAUUUUAAACCACUCCAUAUCCCCUUGUUCUGUUUAAGACUGCCUGUUGGUCUAAGUCCAGGAUCUGCAUGAGCACAAUUAAGUGUUCUGGAAUUUCCAUUCUUCACAAUGUUAUCCAUAAUUUGUUAUGAUCUACACAGUCAAAUGCCUUAGCAGAGUCAAUAAAACACAAGUAAACAUCUUCCUGGUAUUCUCUGCUUUUAGUCAAGAGCCAUCUGACGUCAGCAGUGAUAUCUCUCCUUCUACACCCUCUUCUAAAUUUGGCUUGAAUUUCUGGCAGUUCCCUGUCAGUGCUGCAACCACUUUUGAACUGUCCUCAGCAAAUUUUACUUGGCAUAUGAUGUUAAUGAUAGUGUUCAGUAAUUUCCACAUUCUGUUGGAUCAUCUUUCUUUGGAAUGAGCACAAAUAUUCUUUGUAUUACAAAAUAAUUUUUAUCAAACUGUAAUAAGUUUAGGGCCUUGGCUGUGCAGUGGUUGAGAGCUUAGCUACUAGCCAAAAGGUCAGCAGUACAAAUCUACCAGCUGCUCCUUGGAAACACUAUGGGGCAGUUCUACUCUGUCCUGUAGGAUUGCUAUGAGUCAGAAUUGACUCGAUGGCAACAGGUUUGGUUUUUUGGUAUUUGUAAUAAAUUAAGGAUGCAUGUUGUAAUCGCCAGUGUAACCAUUAAUAAAUAUCAAAAGAACAUGAAACUGUCUAAGCUAAUAGAAGGGAAAUAUAAUAAUUAAAAAAUAGUGUACUAAUCCAAAAGAAGGCAAGAAAGAAGAAUCAUAAAGCAGGUGGGGAAAAAUAAUAAAAUGGUAGAUUUAACUCCAAAUAUGUAAAUAUAUCAAAUAGUCCAAUUACGAGAUUAAGACAAUUAGAUCAGAUAUUUUUUUCUUUUUUAAUAAUAUUUUAUUGUGUUUUUGGUGCAAGUUUACACAGCAAAUUAGGUUCCCACUUGACAGUUUCCACACAAAUUGAUCAGUGACGUUAGUUACAUUUUUCACAUUGUGUCAGCUUUCUCUCUAAUUGUGUUCUGGUUGUUCCCUUUCCACUACUCGAGUUUCCCUGCCCCCUUAUCUUCUCAUCUUUGCAUUGGAUUAAAUGUUGACCUUUUGGAUUUAUACAGAUGGUUUUUUAAUAGAGCACCGAUCCAACAGGUAAUAUCCUUUAUCCUUUAUUUUGUGUGUCACUUUGCUUUUCUACUAAAAGGUGAUCUCAAGGGAUAGUUUUGUUCAAGGUUUAAAGAGUGUCCAGGGUGUCCUCAGUAGACCAGAUUUCUUUUUAAAGCCUAAAUAUAUGCUGCUUUCAAGUGACAUGCCUUAACUCUAAGGACUCUGAAAUGUUGAAAAUAAAAGGAUGGAAUAAAAAAGACACCAUACAAAUACUAGCCAAGAGGAAGCUGGUAGAGUUAUACCAAUAUCAGACAAGGUGAACACUAAGUCAGAGGUUCCCAAACUAUCUUAGUCUCUCAGUACGUUUUUCACAGUACUGGAGGCCCAAAGGAAAACCUAACCCUUUUCUUUAACAGUUCAGUUAGGUCUCAACAGUCUAAGAAGUAUUUAUAACCUAAUGACUGUGUAGCCAUUUGAAAAAAAUAACACACAUACAUUUAAAUAUAUUGUCUUAGUUUACUGGUGCCACCAUAACAGAAGUACCACAAGGGGAUGGCCUUAAAAAAUAGAAAUUUAUCUUCUCACAGUUCUGGAGGCUCAACGUCCAAAUUAGGGUCUCAGCCAUGUCGAUUCCUUCAGUGGGCUUCUCUACUAGUUUCUGGUGACUACUUGCAAUGCUUGCCAUUUCUUUGCGUUCCUUGGUAUGUGUCUUCCCCCCGUGUGUGUCUCUGUGUCUGUUCUGCCCUAUUUAUAACCCAGAUGUGAUUAUUAGGUUUAGGACCUACCCUACUUUGGUAUGGCCUCGUUAACACCACAAAAGAAAAACCCUAUUUCCAAACAGGAUCACAUCCAAAGGUACAGGGGCCAGGAUGUCAAUACAUAUUUUUAGGGACACAAUUCAAUCUGUAACAGAUGUAUAUAUUUUUAUUUAAUCCUUAAACCCGUUGCUGUCAAGUCAGUUCCAACUCAUAGCAACCCUAUAGGACAAAGUAGAACUGCCCCAUAGAGUUUCCAAGGAGCAGCUGGUGAAUUUGUACUGCUGAUCUUUUGGUUAGCAGCCGAGCUCUAAACCACUGUGCUACCAGGGCUCCAUUUAAUUCUUAAGUAACUACAAUUACUUAUUAAUGGGAUGUUUAUACCUGUUGAAUACUGCAGAGCUUCUCAAACCUUGAAAUCAGAUACCGCCACCCUCAUUUCUUGUUCUACAUUGAUUUUCACAUGGACUUCUUUUUUUCCACAGCAGCCUCCAAAAACCCAGCUUCACAAAGAUAUGAUGUCAUUGAAAGGAAUGUAGCGCUGUGGUAGUUUUAUAAUAUGUCCACAAAUUCUUUCAUUCACCUCCCUUCAAGAGAUGGAGCUUCGCUCUGCUCCUCCUCAGAGUGAGCUGAAUUGAGUGAUUCCCUUCUAAUGAACAGACUGUAUGGAAGUAAUGGUACAUGUCUUCUGAGACAAGAUCAAAAAAAGCACUACAGCUUCCUCCCUGCUCUCUCUCUCUCAGGUCACGUGCUCUGGGGGAAAUCAGCUGCCAUGUCAUAAGGUCACUCAAAUAGCCCUAUGCUGAGGCCCACAUGGUAAGAAACAGCCUUCCUAUCAACAGCAGUGAGCCAUCUGAGAAGCAGACCCUCUAACCCCAGUCAAGCCUUCAUAUGAUACAGCUCCAGCUGCCAUCUUGACUGAAACCCCAUGAAAGACCCUGAGCAGAACCACUCAAAUUCCUGACCCACAGAAAGUGUGAGAUAAUAAAAAUGUGUUGUUUUAAGCCACUAAAUUUCAGUGUAACUAUUAUACAGCAAUGGAUUGUUAAUACAAGCAUAAUUUUAAUUUGAAACUGUAAACUAUCUCCAACUAGUACUUUAGCAUCUAACAGAUGUUGCUGGAAUGUCUUGAAAAUUUUAAAUAUUCCACAGUGCCUCUGAGUUUGCUGCAGUGUCCCUAGGCACCUCAGUGGACAGUUUGGGAACUGUGGCUCUAAAACAGGAAGCAUUACUAGAGAGAACGAGGGCUAUUAAAUACUGGCAAAAGGAUGGACAUACCAGAAAGAUCUAACAAUUCUAAACUUGUAGGCACCUAAUAACAUAGUAUCAAAAUAUAUAAAACCAAAAUUGACAGAACUAAUCACAGAAACAGAUAAAUUCACGUCCAUACAUGUCUCUCAAAUAACUGAUAAAAUAAUAAUAUUUUUUUAAAAAAUCAGUAAAGAUACAUGUAAUGGGGAAACCAUUGGAGAGCUUUCAGCAAAAGAGUCACAUGAUCUGAUUUACAUUUGAAAAUAUCACUCUGGCUACCAGGUGGAGAACAGACAAAAGAAGAGCAAGACGGCUGUUGAAGCCGUGAGGGAAGAAAAGUGAUGGCGGUAGUUGCAGACAAUGGAACUCCUUUUUAUGUUUGCUUUUUCUCAGUAGCCCAUGCCUUUUUUCAGUUUUCAUAGGAUGCGCCAUCUGGCCUGGGUUCAACAAGGAGAGCCUCUUUUGAUGUAAGCCAAUAAACACAAUAUUUAUGGACAGUCUCCAGCUAGAAACAUUCCCAUAUGUGAAAACUCCAAUCAUUCCCAUAAACUUUUGUCUCUGUGAACCCAGUUCAGAUCCCCAACCACGAUUACCUUAAGUCAGUACGUGGAAGCAACUUUUGGGGCUGGAUAAUUUAAGAGACAAAAUCAGUACCAGCUUCCUGUGGCCAGCAGAAUACUAGUAAUAUAUCAAUAAUGAUAAUAAUGAAGCUUAUUGAGCAUUCCACCAUGUGCCAGGCAUUGCGGUAAGUGCUUUAUAAACUUAUCUCACCUAAUCCUUAAAAGGAAACCCUGGCGGUACAGUGGGUAAGAGCUUGGCUGCUAACCAAAAGGUUGGCAGUUCAAAUCCACCAGGCACUCCUUGGAAACUCUACUGGGCAGUUCUACUCUGUCCGCUAGGGUUGCUAUGUGUCGGAACCGACUCAAUAGCAAUAGGUUUGGUUUUUGGUUUUUGAAUCCUUAAAACAACUAUGAUCCAUUUUGCAGAUAGGGGAACAGUGGUGUAAAGAGGUUUUAUAACUCAUCUAAGGCCACACAACGAGUCAUGUGGUGACCUGGCUAACACCCAGGUCUGCUUGCCUCCCAAGCCCGUUUGCUUAACAACUAUGAUAUACUGCCUGGCAAGAAUUGUGUUUCUAAAGAGAUUCAUGCCAUUUUUAAGUCAUAAUCCCUUAGUGAUAUUUAGUAUCCAAUAUUAAUGCUAAUUGAAUUCCUUUAUAAUUGAGUUCCCUGGGUAACGUACCCUUUUAAAGAAUCUACAGGAAAGGACACGGGCCCACAAAUACAGAAAUUAGAAAUUGAACAGUUCCCUUCAGCUAGCUCUAGCUUGACUUCCGGUAACCCCUGUUCCCCUUUUAAGAUAAAUGAAAUACCUUGAGAUUUGUACAGACGGCUGUGCGGGAAUAUCUGUCAAUUUUUAGUGGGGGAGUGGCACUCUGCUCCUUACACAGACAUCUGUGUGUUGGGUUUCAGGGUAAGUUACUCUUUUCAGAAUCCAAGUGGAAUCUAACACAAUAAAACAAUGCCAAAAGCAAAGGAAGGAAAAAACGCAAAAGGGACAGCCCUGCCCAUCGUUCCAAUUCUGCAGAAGUUUCUGAAAACAUAUGAGAAGCGUUGCGCACAGUCUCAGACGUUUGUGUGUCCAGCCAUCAAAAGGGACCUGAAAACCAGCAUCAACAGUGAACAGAUUCUCAAGAAGUUUAUUCUGGUGAGACCGGAUGCCUCCCCGCCAAGCUUCCUACCAGUUUCCUUGGAACCUUUGCUCAUGACAAUUCAAGACGUGUGUUACACGCUGGGGCAAGAGCUGUGUAUCUGGGGCCUUCAGCUGAGCAACCCAGAGGUUGCCAGACUUGCUCUGUUUCUGGAAUCGAAGGGGUGCACCACUUACCCGUUUACCACAUUAGAAAUCAUUGACUGCCAAAUGGAUCUGUGGUCUCUGGGGCGACUGGGGAAGGCUCUGCAGUUCAGCAGCUUGCUGUCUCUGGUCCUGGAUUACUGCAAAUUUGGAAAUGAGGAAGUUGAGAACAUUUUCUCAGGCCUGGAGAACAAUCAAAGGCUUCAAGGCCUUAGUCUGCGUUACUGUGGUCUGGGGCCACAGAGCGGGCCAAGGCUGGGUGCAGUCAUCAGCCAGAGUGCCAUUUGUGAGCUGCAUCUGGAUGGCAAUUACUUGCAAUGUUCCGGAGCCCUGGCUCUUCUCAGACCCUUAGCAGAGCAUGCAGAGAUGCAGAGGAAAGACCUGUUAGCCACAUCCUCACCAGACACCAAAAAUCCCCCUCAGCUUCUCCAAACCGGCCAGAGAGGAAGCUCACCUUUGAACCCAAUUACAAAAUCAUCUCAAGUUGUAACAGUGAAAAAUGCUUCAGGAAAGAAAAAGAAAAGAAAAGGAAUCAAGAAAAAAAUUAAAGGUGUGCCUGAAGCAGGUCCCUGGUUAGUGAAGCUGUAUUUGGCCGAUAACGGCAUAGAUGGAAAAGGAAAAGAAGGAGAAAAUGACUUGUUGGAAUUUACUCAAAUUUUAACAUGCCUGAUCAAACACUCUGCCCAUUUAAGAGAGCUUGACCUUGGGAACAACGUCCUAGGAGAAAUGGCUGCUGCUGAUAUACUUGAAGCACUGAGAGUGAGAAAGACAGGUGAACUGCCAGUCUUAAAAAUUACAGUCACUCCCCAGAUCUCUUCUGACAUCUUCAGAUCUAUUUGGAAAAAUAGCAAGAAAUCUAAUAUUACCCGUAAAAAGAAGAAAAAGGCUAAAAACUGAAUAUGGAUGCCAUCUCUUCCCAUGACCAGGCGGACAUAUCUAGAAAGACAUCACCUGUUUCAUGAUAUUUUUCACUGUAAUCAAGUCCCUUUCAAGUUCCAAAGUUUGAUAAGACUAUUUUAUGAAAUUUCGAAGUGGUGCUAACCCUAUCACACUUAACAUUUUCUAAAAUGCAGGUUUCACAAGUGGGCUUUAGUAAAAAUAGGUGUGAUUCUUUUCUGGGACUUCUUGUGCACGUGAAAUUUAUAAUUUGGGAAAGUCAUGAUCUCUACCUAAGUAAGAAAGACUCUUCUUUCUAAAUAUAACUGUAAUUGGAAAUAAUAGGGAUGUUUGGAAAUAAUAACCACUUCCUAAAUGACAACCCCCCCAAAACACCGAACCCAUUGCUGUCGAGUCAAUUCUGACUCGUAGUGACCCUAUAGGAUAGAGUAGAACUGCCCCAUAGGGUUUCCAAGGAGCGGCUGGUGGAUUCAAACUGCAGAUGUUUUUGGUUAGCAGCUGAGCUCUUAACCACUGCACACCAGGGCUCCCCUAAAAGACAACAUCCCUAAAAAUGAGUAUCUUCCCCAAAUGAGGAAACUUCUGAUCACUGUACCCCACCAUGAAGCUGUCAGACAGUCCCGUGGGAAAUGGAAGCAGGUGUGGUUGAUCAAUGAUGUAUGGAUGGUAAAUUGGAUUAAUUGAGUUUUAUUUGUCAUGACAAUAUGAUGGAGGGAUGAAGAGCAUGGGGUGUAGAAUUAGAGGAAAAUGAACCAGAAUUCUCCGUGGAGAACCCACUGCUUUCCAGGUGUGUGAUCUUGGGCAAGUCAGUCAGCCUCACUGUGCCUCAGUUUCGCCUUAUACAAAUACAGAUGAGAAGAGCCUCAUUUCAUUUGGUGGGCAGUAAAUGUGAUGACGUAUGUCGAGCAUUUUAGGAAAAUGUCUAGUACAUAGUGUGUGUCAUGGAUUGAAUUAUGUCCCCCCAAAAAAUUUGGGUAUCAGCUUGGUUAGGCCAUGCUUCCCAGUAUUGAGUGAUUGUCCUCCACUUUGUGAUUGUAAUUUUGUGUUAAAAGGAUUAGGGUGGGAUUGUAACACCACCCUUACCCAGGUCACCUCCCUGAUCCAAGGUAAAGGGAGUUUCCCUGGGGUGUGGCCUGCACCACCUUUUAUGUCUCAAGAGUUAAAAGCAAAGGGAAGCAAGCAGAGAGUUGGGAAUCUCGUACCACCAAGAAAGCAGCAGCGAGAGCAGAGCCCAUCCUUUGGACACAGGGUUCCUGCACCUCAGAAGCUCCUCGACCAGAAGAAGAUUGAGGACAAGGACCUUCCUCCAGAGCCGACAGGGAGAGAAAGCCUUCCCCUGGAGCUGACGCCCUGGAUUUGGACUUGUAACCGACCAGACUGUGAGAAAAUAAAUCUCUCUUUGUCAAGGCCAUCCACUUGUGGUAGUUCAGUUAUGGCAGCUCUAGGUGACUAAGACAGUAUGUGCUCAAAAAUUAAUAUGAGUGGCUUCUGUGGUUGCUGUUGUUAUUAUUCAUGUUAGAAUUGAGUCAUUCCUGUUAUUUCCAGUAGGAAAGCUAUACUAGAAAUAGAAAAAAAAGGAAAGGGGGGGGAAAAAAAGGAAAACUUAAGAUCUCUUCAUUUCUAAGUUAAAAAAACACAACUUUACUUUUUCUAAGGAAAACAGUAUCUAUCAAUAAAGAUCUGUUUGCUGAAACCUCACCUGCCAUGAGCGUGGAACUGUGGGAAAAGUAAACACGUAAAAGAACUGGUCAUCCAUUCUAGGUACACAUUUAGCAAGUGCUGGCAAGUUCACUGAACCACACCAACUGUGGAGGUGGGAAUGGAUAGAGUAAAUUAUCUUACCCUCAAGGAUCUUAGAAUCUAGCUAGGAAGACAAGAUCUUCAUACAUGAAAGAGAAUAUCAAUAAAGGGUAAGAGUUGAAACGAUGUAAGUCAAUAGUCAGGGUAAGGAGAGCUGCAGAGUAAUGAGACGAUUUUACCGGAACACAUAUAUCCAGUGGUGUCCCUGGGGGGUGCAAAUGAUUAACGAAGUCGGCCGCUAGCUGAAAGGUCGGCCGUUCAAAUCCAUCGAG